AGCCUCUGCACUGACGUCGCGAUGACACGGUGAAGCUGAAGACAGGAGGUGGGAACAUUUCUUCUGCUUCACUUUUGAUAAUUGAGCGAAUUUGUUGCCUCCGUUCCUUCCAGCAUGGCUAAGAGUGCAGAAGUGAAGCUUGCGAUCUUUGGUCGAGCCGGCGUGGGCAAGUCAGCUCUCGUUGUACGCUUCCUGACCAAACGGUUUAUCUGGGAGUAUGAUCCAACACUAGAGUCUACAUAUCGUCACCAAGCUACCAUUGAUGAUGAAGUGGUUUCCAUGGAGAUACUAGAUACAGCUGGUCAGGAGGACGCUAUUCAGAAAGAAGGACAUGUGCGAUGGGGUGAAGGCUUCGUCCUGGUUUAUGACAUCACGGACAGGGGCAGCUUUGAGGAAGUGCUGCCACUUAAGAACUUGUUGGAUGAAGUUAAAAAACCCAAAAAUGUCACCCUGAUCCUGGUGGGGAACAAAGCAGACUUGGAUCACUCCAGGCAGGUCAGCACAGAGGAAGGUGAAAAGCUGGCCACAGAACUAGCAUGUGCUUUUUAUGAGUGUUCUGCUUGCACAGGAGAGGGCAACAUUAUGGAGGCCUUCUAUGAGCUCUGUCGUGAGGUACGGCGUCGAAAGAUGGUCCAGGGCAAGACUCGGAGACGAAGCUCCACCACCCACGUCAAACAGGCAAUUAAUAAGAUGCUUACCAAAAUCAGCAGCUAAAAAGAGCUGUGCUAAGCCACAGAAGCAGAAAAAGCACAUUUAAUUAAAAAUGGUCAAAGCUUUGCAAUUAAAAAAAAAUAAAAAAGACAAACCACACCACUUUUUGAGUAACACGGGGUCAGACUUUUUUCCUGCUUUGAAAUGUAUUUAGCCACACUGCUUCUGGCAAAUGUGGG